AUGCGUAAAAAUUUAAAGUUGUUAAUAUCUGUUUUGCAGCUUGCUGUUCUUAAUGCGUUCCGGAAUGGUGCCCCAGAAUCAACCUGUGCGACCUUGGCACCGGAACACGGAGAAAAGUCUUUCCAAACUUCUCAUCCCGGCCACACCAUAACAGUAGAGAAGGAUGCUUCAAAUUACAAAGUGACGAUUGACAGCCUGGAUGCAGAGAAUAAGAUUGGUGGAUUCAUAUUGAAAGCCAUGGACUUGCAAAAUAAAUCAAUUGGCAAAUGCACGGUGGUGGUCAGAUUCGCACAUUUCUGGUUAGUCGUGAGUGACGUCAUUGCUGUAAGUUCGGCGCGUUCAAUCACGUCAAAGUUCAAUGACAAGAGUGCAAUAGUAAUAAAAGCAUCGUAA